AUCAAUUCCCCUUCACCCUCACUGAAAUCUCCUGGUCGGGCUUUCAGUCUCCAUGUCUUUAUCAAGAUGGGUUUAUUGCCUCGACGUUCGGUGUUCAAGGCUCCAUGCGCAUCCAUUCUUCGCUUCUGAAAAUGCCGACCAACGCUAUUACUCCGCUCUACUGUUUAAACGGUCCCGCACACUGGCAAGCAGAGGUUCUCCCUCAAACUCAAACUCCCACACGAGUGGUGUUGGACUACGUACCGCCUUCCAUCGGACCUGUCAUCCCACAGAGGCUGUGGCGUCCUCAAUCGGACAAGCUAUUAUCGUCACUCGUCCACAAUGGCGCGCUAUGUCGGCCUAUAUUUUUCGUUCGUCGUGACUUCGACGGCAUCGGGAUCACCUUAGAGGAGGCCACGCACAGGCAGCACCAUUGCCUCUAUGAUUACGACGCUCUGGUCGACUUUGGGGGGAAGACGACUACCUCGCUGCGCAUCUUGUGGAGUGGUUACGAGGAGUUCAGUCGGCAGAUCCAGCUGAAGGAUCAGACAAGAAGCCGCAACCCGAUUACUCUAGGACGAUGGGCCCAGUAUGUCGCUACGACCGUGAGCCGCUUUCUUGAGGAACCCCCUGCCCUUUUGAAUGAACACGACCGUCAGCCUCAAUGGGCUAUCGGUGACGGCCGCAUCACUGCCCGCGAUAUCAUCCUUGUCGGCGUUGUCCACACCUCCGCGGGGACGUGGCAGCCCAUAUUACAGCUUGUCUUGCGUACUUGACAUCCUUCCUUAUCAGUCCUUCACGUUCUUUCGUCUUCACGUUCUUUGUUUCCGAGUCCCCAAAAUGCUCUCGUUGCUAUGCAGCGAAUAUACCACACUUUGUUUAUAUUUUCACAUCAUUCCUUGUAAUGGCCUUGUACUCGGUUGAAUAUCUCGAUCCGAUGCCUUCGUUGUAUUCAUAUUGGAGUCCAAAUACAACCUUCAUUGACG